GUUUGAGGUAGAUAAAUGCCCACAUUUCCUGAUCUCAGAAUUGUUACGCAUCAGAUCUACAAGGGCAGAACUGCCCAAUUGCCACCGCGAUGCAUUCUUCGUGGUUCUCCUAUCCCAUUACGAGACCGUUCCCAUUUCGAUGGUUUACUCCUGUAGCCAUCGUGGGCGGCCUGAUAUUGAUGGUCUUAUUUACGAUCAUCAAUCUGGCGUCCAGUGCGUUUUAUCUCAAGCCGAUCUUUACUGACGAUCCCAAUGGUACGACCACCCAGUCUGUUCGAUGGUUCAUGAAAGCACCGCUGAACUGGGAUAAUAAUAUGAAGGUCAAAUGCCAGCCUAAGAUAUUGUCUGUUGGUGAUCGCGUUUUCUCCACCAACCUUGGUUUUCAAUAUUCCGUCAAAGCGCUUACCUCAUCUGACGAUGACUCAGACUUUCGAAAGACAUAUCCUUCCAUUGCAUACUUAAAUAACACUCUUGAAGAUUGCUAUCUAACAAGAGUCGACAUUAAUCUUCGAAAAUCAGAUGCUAGAGCUUCAAACAGCUGGUGGCUUUCUUGGAUCACGACUUUCACUGACGCUACAGCCUCUUGUAAUGUCAUGACAAGCGAGGGCCUUGUGAACAUUACCCUUGGUGUUGAGUACACGGGUCAGAGUGAUCAUAUAUACGAUUAUGUUAUUGAGGAUGAUUACAAGACUCAUGCAAGUACCUGGUGGGGGACAAGGUUGCUGAAUGUGUAUUUUACGGGUAUUCUGUCAACAAUGUCACAGACCCAAGAUCUGGGAGAUGAUUCAUAUUGGAUGACGGGAGGGAUCACGUUCACAACGAACCCGAACAUAAAGGACAUUCGUGAUCCGAAGUUAUUCAACCUCGCAGGAUGGUUUCUUUCCUCUGAUGGGUUCAUACAAAAUGAACCUCUCAACGACACUUCCUUCAUAAAGACUGACCCAAAGAAUCAGUUUGUCCCAGUUAUUUGGGAAAGUCUCCAUUACACAAGGAUUCUUCACUCCCUCAUAGCCGUUGACCUCGGAAACCAAAACGCCCCUAACUUGCUUUUGGACAAAAAGGAUCUUCAAUACGCCAUCCUCCCACCAGAUGAUCCGAAUCGCAAAAACGGCUCUUUUCUAAAUGACUCGUCAUUGACGGGCCAAGCCACACGCUAUGCCCAGAUUCCAACACCUGGAGCACCUCUUCCACCAACAGAUAAGAACCUUGUUCUUCUUAACGAAACUUACGACAGGUUCGCUAGUGAGAUGGGACCAUUGGAGAGUAAUGAUGCGACAAUAGUUUCACAAUAUCUCUGCUCUGUUCCACAGAGUAAAAGUCCGGGUAUCAUGCUCUUGGCGAUCCUUCUUGCAGAUUUGGUGUUUUUGCAAGCGGCGUGGGUGAUUUAUAAUUGGAUUGCCGGAAGCAUGUUGUCUGAGUCGCAGAUGCAGACGUGUCAAGGCUGUGUCGAAAGCCCUGUUCAGGUUAUUGAGAAGGAGGGGUUGUUGGGCGAGGGGAAGACUACAGUAACUUCAGGAAGCUAUGUGAGUGUUAGUGCUGAUGAAGGGGCUGGUAGUAAUUUGCUUAUCAGGGAAGCUAAGUGAUGGGAACGACAUAUAUGAUAAUGAUGAUAGGGAACUCGGAAUCCAAUUCUAAAAGUGCUUCUUGGAUUAUAUCAAACAGCUCAAAUCUAUUUUGGCACGCCAAGCUCUGUAAGAGCGGCAGCUGAUCCAAGUCUGAUCCAGCCAUCAA